UACCAAAAAACCAUCACCAUUUCGUCGAUUGCGAUUAAACGCAGGCCAACGCUGCCGCAAACGCCAGCGGGUGCCCCACAGGUGUUGUCACCCAAGCGACAGUGUGCCGCUGCUGUUUCGGUAAUACCAGCCGGCGCAACUUUAACACCGCAAAUCCAAUACGCUACCGCGCCAGCUGCGGCUGCUUUGAAAGCCGGCCAUCACCAUCAAUUGGCCUUUAAUACAGCUGCCGCUGCUCAAUUGGCUGCCACAGCAGCUAUCACUGCACAUCCGCACCACACAACACAACAAGUAGCUGCUGCGGCAGCUGCGGCCGCUGCCGCUGCUCAUCAACGUAACAUUGCCGCUGUUGCUGCACAGCAUUUUAAUCCUGCUGCUGCCGCCGCUGCUGCUCUCUUAAAUCAUCAAUUGCACACAACUAGCACCCAUCCGAGUGCUGCCCAUACACAAGCCGCCGCUGCUGUUGCCGCGGCCGCAGCAGCAGCAGCCGCUGCUCAUCAACAACACGUAUUGCACCAUCAGCAUCAGCAGCAUCAACAACAACAACAACAACAACAACAACAUCACCUCUAUCAACAACAACAAAAUCAAUUAAGACAUUUACAACAACAGCAUUUGUUAGCGGUGACAACACCUACGACUGCCUCAAAUAGCCACAACCAUAUCAAUCACCACAAUUCUCUUUCUUCAUCCUCCACCUCCAACAACCAUAUCGCAGUUACAUCAACUCCACCCGUUGCUGUAACAACUGUAGCUAUACCAUCCUCUUCAACGUCGUUGUCAUCGUCAUCGUCGACGUCAUCAUCUCUGUCGCCUCUAACAAAUCGUAAUAAUCUUAAACUUGUAAACGGCUCGAAUAGUAACGCAACCACCUCAAGUAAUUCGACUGCUAACUCUGGAAGCGUUACAUCAUCGCAUUCCAAUAUUUCGACAGCGGUUAUCGCUGUUGCAUCGACGACUUCUACUUCAAAUAGCAGUUCGUUAGCUAAUAAUAAUAACAAUAACAACAACAACAACAACAACAACAGCAACAACGCUGAUAGUGUGACAACAGCAAACGGCAAUAUUAAUAAUAACGCAACAUCAACGGCAACAACAACAACAACUAAUACCAAUAAUUCAAAUACAAUUAUGGAAAAUCAAAUGUCUCUGGCACCACUUGGUUUAUCACAAAGCAUGGAUUCCGUUAAUACAGCCAGCAAUGAAGAAGAGGUUCGAACCCUUUUCGUAAGCGGUUUACCUAUGGAUGCUAAGCCUCGUGAAUUAUAUUUAUUAUUUAGAGCUUAUGAGGGUUAUGAAGGAUCUCUUUUAAAAGUUACUAGCAAAAAUGGUAAAACAGCAUCGCCUGUGGGUUUUGUUACAUUCCAUACCAGGGCUGGCGCAGAAGCCGCCAAACAAGAUUUACAGGGUGUACGCUUCGAUCCCGAUAUGCCCCAAACAAUACGCUUGGAAUUCGCCAAGAGUAACACGAAAGUGAGCAAACCCAAACCACAGCCCAAUACAGCGACAACAGCCUCACAUCCUGCAUUGAUGCACCCACUCACUGGACAUUUGGGAGGUCCCUUCUUUCCGGGCGGACCCGAGUUAUGGCAUCAUCCGUUAGCUUAUUCAGCUGCUGCCGCCGAAUUACCAGGAGCAGCUGCUUUGCAACACGCUACUCUUGUACAUCCGGCACUCCAUCCACAAGUGCCGGUACGCUCCUAUCUCUGACUAAAUACAGAUAAAGUAAUGGAACAACCUAUUCAUCAGACGCAAAUGACUAUGUCGCAGCACCAUCAGGCGACCACAGCUAUCCAUCCAACAGUGCACAUGUCUGCCGCAGCUGCUGCUGCCGCCGCUGC